AGUAAGUGAAGAAAAGGAGGUGACAGAAGAACGGCUGAAAGCUGAGCAGGAGUCAUUUGAGAAGAAGAUCAGACAACUAGAGGAACAGAAUGAACUUAUCAUCAAGGAAAGGGAAGCUCUGCAGCAGCAGUACAGAGAAUGCCAGGAACUUUUGAGCCUUUAUCAGAAGUACCUAGCUGAGCAGCAGGAAAAACUAUCGCUCUCCCUUUCUGAACUCAGUGCUGCUAAGGAAAAGGAGCAGAAGGUAUCCAGUAAGAAGAGCUUAUGCCAACAACUGUGUUUGGAGCUAGAUGGUUCCUACUUGGGUAUUGCAGGACCUCAAGCUUUUUAUAAGAACAGUAGAGCAUCAAAGACUGGAAGCCCAGCCCGUGUUUCAUUGUCUCAGCCUUGCAGGAAUAAUCACAAUUACAGGACUGAAACCCAUUACAACCAUCAGGAGUGCAGGAAAGCACACCCAGUAGAAAAUGGCUUGCACAGAAAGUGUAACAACGUGAUUUCUCCAGCCAAGCGGAGCAGCCCUCACCAUGUAAAACCGGCUCAGGAGAUGGACCAGAAGGCAAAGGAAUUUCAGAGCACAUGCCCUCAGCAAGUGAGUCAGGGUUGUCCCUGCAGGCAUGUCGGGAGCUCAGGGAGUGUGCAGGAGGGCCACCAUGUCAGCCAGGUCCUUAGACAACACUCUGGGCCAGUUCACAAAUCCUGUGAUUAUUCUAGGCCCUCUCGAGUUUCUGGGCUGAAUGACAGUGUGGAUUCAGGGUCUAAAGAAACGGAGCAGGGUAAAAGGUUGUAUGAAGAAAGAAGACAGAAGCUGCUUCUGCAGAAAAUGGAGCUGGAAAUUGAAAAGGAACGACUCCAACAUUUAUUGGCGAAGCAAGAAGCAAAAUUGCUCCUGAAACAACGGCAACUACAGCAAUCCCGCAUGGAUUAUAACAGGUUUAGAGGCCAUGUACCUGGUUCAGAAGAUGUGCCCAUUGACGAAGCAUGUGGACACCUUGCUCUGAUGAUGAAUGGCAACAGCAUGGGGCUAAGUGUACCAGUACUGAAACGUGAAGAUUGUUUUCUGAGGACACCUCCAGUGAGCAAGACCUCCAGGACACCAGGGAGCAGCGGUGGGAGCAGUUUGGGGAAGAAAAUGGUUGGGUUUGAUGCAAACGUGGAAGAUGGGCAAACCCUUCUGACGCAAACCAAGAGGGAAAGCACCAAGUCAAGGAAAGGGACAACUUCAGGACCGAGGAAGGAUGCAGCCACUUCUCCUGUGCUGAUUGGCAGCAGCAAAGAGAUUGCACCAGUCCAACACGACACUUCACGGUAA